AUGUCAAAGCCUACUGUUCUCCUGAGCGCUUUCACUGGCACCGCUGCCUUCAACAUCUCUGGUUCCACCCUCCAUUCUCUGCUGAAACUACCCAGAAGUCUAAAGCCUCCAAUCCAAGGACUCGGUAACCAGCUGGACGAGGUCAGGUCAGAGCUCAUUAACACAGAAAUCCUGGUCAUUGAUGAGAUUUCUAUGGUUUCUAAGCCUCUCUUUGCAUACGUGGAUGGCAGACUGAAGCAGAUCAAAGGUUCUCACAGACCCUUUGGUGGUGUGUCUGUUCUAGCAGUUGGAGAUUUCUAUCAGCUUCUACCGGUAAGACACUCCAAACUUCUUUGUGUCCAUGACCCAGCAGAGAUCGACCUUUGGCAGGAGCAUUUCCAGAUGGUAACGUUGACCCAAAUCAUGCGACAGAAAGAUGACUUGUCUUUUGCAGAGAUGCUGAACAGGAUGCGGGUGAAGGAGAAGACAGAUGAGCUAUCUCAAGCUGACAGAGAGUUGUUGUCUCAGAGAAUCACUGAACUAGCUUCUUGUCCCACUGAUAUUUUGCAUAUUUUUGCCACUAAAAAACAGGUUGAAAAAAAUAACUCUGUCACUCUAUAUCUGCUGCACUCUAACAUUGUUUCCAUUGAUGCAGAUGACUUUCAGAAAGACCCACGAACUGGCAGAAUGGCACGAAGAGACAAACCGUAUGCAGGAGGUCGAAGCGAGCUAGCUGACACUUUGAAGGUCGCUGAAGGAGCACGAGUCAUGCUGACCAGAAACAUUGAUGUCAGUAAUGGACUGGUAAAUGGAGCUUUUGCUAAGUUGGUUCAGGUGGUAACUUCUGACAAUGACCGUAUCACUAAGCUGGGUUUACAGAUGGAUCAGAGCAGGAACAAGGACAGAGUGGUGUUCAUCGAGAGAGCAGAGGAGAACCUGAAGCAGAGAGGAGUGGUCUGCAGACAGUUUCCUGUCAAGCUGGCGUUCGCAUGCACUGUGCACAAAACUCAAGGUCUGACUACUGAUGCAGCUGUGUUGUCACUUACAAAAAUCUUUGAAGCAGGAAUGGCCUAUGUGGCUUUAAGCAGAGUGAGGACUCUUGGUGGACUGUACCUCCUGGAUCUGGAUGAGAGGAAGAUCUUUGCUAACCCAGAGAUCACAGCAGCGCUGCAGAGCAUGAGACAGGCCAGUGUGGAUGACAUGAUGCCUCUUUCGAAUCUGACAGAGACGGUGAGCAGGCCUGACAUUCUGACUCUGGUCCACCACAACACAGAGGGACUUCCAGCUCACAUCAAGAACCUGAAGAGCCACCAUGAACUGUGUCUAGCAGAUGUUCUGUGUCUGACUGAAACUCACCUGCAGGGCUCCUUUGUUGCAGACAGUCUUCACCUGGAGGGUUACAGCAUGUUCAAGCGUAACAGACACCUGUCCUACUCUAACUUUCCUGACCUGAGCAGCAGAAGUGGUGGAGGAGUUGCAGUUUAUGUUAGAAAGACUUUUGUGGUCAGUGAGAAACGAUAUCUGCAUAACGUGACUGAUCUUGAGUUCAUAGUGCUGAAGGUGGAGGCUCCAUUCCAAGCUCUGAUCACAGCCAUUUACCGACCGCCAGACUUUGGUUUGAAGCCGUUCAUGGACAACCUGGUAAGCCUGCUGGACUCUCUUGAGACGCUGGACUGUCACCCUGUUAUUGUGUGUGGAGACUUUAACGAGAAUCAGCUGAUAAGAGGAAGAAAGCCGAUCCUGGAUCUGUUUGAGUCUAAAGGGUAUGCACAGCUGAUCACCUCUGCCACCACAGACAAACACACUCUACUAGACCUGGUGUUCAUCUCCCAGCCCCACAGAUGUCUCCAUGCAGGUGUCAUGAGGUCUUACUACAGUUAUCAUAACCCCGUUUACUGUCUUCUGUCUUUCAGUGACUUGUGAGAAAGUUUGGUAAGUCUGUUCUUGAUGCGGUGAUUUUAAAACCAAAGGACUUUGUAUCAUGAGUUUUAGGACGUUUAAGUGUUUCAGAUCAUGAUCUUUUGUGUCAAAAGUGUUUUUCAUUCAGAUCAAUGGUUUCUAUAGAUCAGUGUAUUUGUACCUACGCUUGAAGCAAAUCAUGAGGUUUGGUAAGUCUGUACUGGAUCCAAGUGUUUUAAAAUUAAAGUAUUGCAUUAUCAUGAGAUUUUAAAGUUCUGUUUUAAACUGUUUUGUUUUUGCAAAAUCAUAGCAAUCAAGUAUUUUCUACUUUUGUAAUUUAAAAUCAGUGUACCAUGUUUCAAGACAUUUUUAAACACACAUGGUUCAAAGCAUUUUUUUUAUGAAAAGCAAUUAUUCUGGACAAAAUUGUAUCAUUGUCUGUUUUAGCCCGUUCUGGGAUUACAGAAUGUUAGGCCUGUGCGUCUGCCCGGGUCGGGUUUGGGUUUGGGUUGGUAGACGCACAGGCCUAACCUGUUUCAGCAGCUGUACAGAAGCUGCUGAAAGAUUCUGCAGAUCUUAAAACAUCUGCUCUGAUAGCAGUUGUUUUCUGAUCCAAACCAGCUGAUCCCCACAAUGUGACAUUUUACUUCUGCUCUCUUUGUUGGUUUCUGUCAGAAAGAGAGACGUUGUCCUGUGUUUUUUUAAAAAUCUUUGACAAUUGUUUUUUCUAGUUUGUCUAAGAUUAAGAUGAAUUGUCUGGCUGAACAUUAGUUUUUUGUUAUGUGUUUACAUUAACUCAACUCUUUCAUCAACCAAGAAGACAUGUGAGAUUUUUCUUUUAUUUUUAUUGGGACUUUCAUCAGUGCUCCCAUGUUUGGUUCCGGCCUGCAGCACAUGUUUCUUUUGUGUUCUCUGGGACUUCCUCCUCCACUUUCAUGAACUGUUCCUCAGCUGAGCUCACUUGAACAGUGAUCCUGAACCUUCUGUCCAUCUCUGCUGGAGCACGCUCAGAAAAGCCCUCCGUCCUGCAUCCUUGCUCUGGUUCAGAGCAGCCAUCAGCCUUCCUCUGACCUCCACAAAGACUCUGUCAGCAAAGAUCCAGCAUGAAGAAUCCACAGCAACAUCAGAGCUCCACACUGCUGCAUCUCAGAGACUGUCUUCCUCCUGCAGAGCUUAGCUCUCCUCUCCAAGCACUGCUGAGAGCUUCUCUGCUGGACACAGAACUGUCAUCAACACUUGCAGAACUUCUGGGUUUCAAAAUGCUGAGAACUGGAGGAGAGGAUGAACCCUGCAGCACAGUUUAAGCUUCGUCUUUAAGCUCCAUGAUCAGACAUGUUGCUGCAGGAGAAGCCCUGCAGAGAGAUCUCUGUUUACAGUCCUCUGUGCUGUAACAGCAGCUCAAAGUUCUGACCUCAUCUUGACUGGAGAAACUCUGAAACAGCUGAACGUGGAGGUGCACCGCUCUAUCGGUCUGUGUUCUGUGAGCUCAGAUCUCUGCUCUGGAUGAAGGUCAUGAACUCUGCACUGAUUUAAACAUGAAACAAAGACUCUGUUACAAUAGAAUCUGUGAUAAUCACAUUUAUUAAUUGCAUUUUUAUCUUUUGUUUACAUUUCUGCUUUGGUUUUGAACCUGCAGCUGUCAUAAUCACAUUCAUUCAAAAUUUUGUUUGUUUAAAAUAUUUGCUUUUAAGUCUUUAUUUGGUUAUUCUUUUUGAUCAUUCCUUGAUCUAGUCUAGACAGUUUGUGUGUUUUUAAUGAGGAGAGUUAGGGACUGUGGUUUACUCAGUCAGAGAUCUUCUCAUUCAGAACAAAACGUGAACAGGGACCAGCAGGAUUCACUCACACAUGUCAU